GUAGGUACAGAUAUCUCAACAAAUGUAAUAAACCAUACAGUUUGUAAAGCAAACAAAUACAUACACACUUCAAAUAUGCAUUUGAUAUAAAAUAGUGAAUAACAUAGCUGUUUUUGAUUUUGUUGAAUACUGCGGACAUCAUGGAUUCCUUUACAUAUCUGUCUACAGUUACAAGUCGCGUUUCUACAGAGCAGGAACACGUUACUGACCACAAUAAAGACGACCUGGCACAACAAUUGAAUGAUGAGAUGACACGUGCUGUUCUACCAGUUACAGUUUUUGUUGGAAUUGAAGUGUUUGCAGCGUUCUUUGGGAACCUACUUGUGAUAUAUGUGUUCCUAUUUCGGUAUCAUGUUUGUAACUUCAGAUACUUUGUGCUCUGCUUGGCUUUCACCGACAUCACGAGCAGUUUAACCACAAUGCCGGGAGAGAUGGUGACACAGCUAUAUUGGUACGUGUAUCCGGUGCCAGCAGUGUGCAAAAUCAAAUCAUUCUUUAAUAUGUUCACUGUAUCCGCCGAGGCACUGUGUCUUCUAACCAUUGGUGUGGACCGCUAUAUGAAAGUGUGUCGGCCUCUAGGUUGGCAAAUAAAGCCUAAACAUGCAAAAUAUGUAUGUGGAAUUAUAUACGUUAUAGCAUUUAUAUUGGCCUCGCCUGUUUGGUUCUUCUGGGGGACUCAUACAAACGAGAGAAUCUACAAAAACACGACAGUAACAGUAACAAUAUGCGAAAAAGACGAGAAAUGGUUGAAGACAAAUCAUCCGCUUCAGUAUUCCGUGACAGUUCAAGUAAUUUUAUCACUGUGUUUGGUUGUAAUGUUUGUUUUAUAUGUGUUCGUUGCCAGAACACUUCUAAUGAAUAAACGGAUACGUUUUCGCGCCUACGCUUUGGGACAACAAUUGCCUACAUCUUCAAAUAAUACAGAGACGCCUCAGUCUCAAAGUCCGGUAGAAAUAAAUUCAACACCGGAUGUUAGUGAAUCUGACUUCUCCCCAAGAGAAGACAGAAAAUCAAGUGACUUGAACGAGCAGCACGGUGACAAAAACAUUGUCGAUAAUGCAGCCAGACGAAAAAGUCGCAAUAAUACCCUUUCUGGAGAAAUCAUUGAUGAUGACCACGAUUCUCGGGAAAAGCACAAUAAGAUGUUAACUCUUAUACGGCACCUGUACCAAAGCGAAGAUAAAUCUCAUCACAGUCAGCACGCUUCACACCAUGCACAUGCGCACGACAUGACAUCACGAGUUCGGAGGAAAACGCUCAUCAUGUUUAUCUUGACUGUUGUUUUUAUCAUAACAACGAUAUUGUACCUAACAUUGCUGUCGUUAAUUGCAAGAUCUAUUCUGGACACCAUGAGCGAUAGUAGCAAAGCCGUCUAUUUCUUUUUCUUUCGCCUUUACUUCAUCAAUCACGUGAUUAACCCGAUCAUUUACGGAGUGCUCGAUCCGCACUUCAGACAAGUAAUGAGAAAUUUUAGAAAUGCACUUUCAUCUACAGACGCUUCGAAAUAGGACAGAAAUAUUUCACAAAUGCAACAUUGAAAAAAGGACAAUAUCAGCUUUGAGUUGAGAAUUUUGCCCUUUGCUGAUUCUGGUGAAUUAUACUGAAAUGAAAGUUUAGAGAACACUUUCAACGUUUACACUCGGAGGUGCAGUGCCAAACUCCCCGGCAGUGAUUACCUCCCCUUACAGCAGGUGCGUAAAUCGCGAUUAUAAUGAACGCAAGGGAAGAUAACCGCAGUGAGGAGCUUGGUGCAGUGCAACUGAAGUUCAACAUAAGACUUGUUUUAUCCGGUUACAGGUACACAUCUCGGUGAGAGUGUAAUUGAUAUGGCAGAAGGACUGGCCAAAUGUCUAGCAAUGCCCAGAAUGUAGUAUUUGAGAAAAUUUAAAAAAACGAUGGAUAUUGAAUAAACAAUAUAAUGUCAAUGGACAUAUGAUAUCCUGAAACAAUGCCUGUACAAAUGGCAUUUAUAUUCUCACAGUUUUACACUUCUUGGACACAAAAGAAACUGCCGGUCCGAAAGUGUAAAUACAUGCACAGUUGCUUACUUCACUUUAACUUCCGUUUGACAUGUAAAAUAAGUAAAUUGCACUGACAUAAGGAACAAGUUAAUCAUCUUUUGCGCUGAGAUGAAAUGGUUGAAAAGAAGUUCGAUUGAACCCUAACAGCCUUUAAGAUCAAAAGCAUCAAAAGCGACAGGAAGAUUAUGUGCUGUUGAUUUUAGUAUUUUUUUUUGUUAAUCUAUAGAACGCAUCAAUCGCCAUAUAAUAUUUGUUGAAAUACUGCGUCCAAAAAUAGAUUUUUUCAAAAAAGCUACUUGUUGAAAGUAAUAUAUUUUUCGUUCUGGAUAUAUGGCGUCUAAUUUGAGCUGAACUAAGAAACAAAUUACUGUUAUAAAGACCUAGUGUUUAAAAUUGUUCAUGAUACAUAACAUGUGUUUAUAUUGUGUACAAAACCUAUGUUAUAUUUUGUGAACGUGCUUGUUUUAAUUUUUACACCAGAGUAUCUCAUGCUAUAUAUAAUACAAUAAAUCUUUAUAGCACGUAA